AUGUCGAGUAGGCUAGCAGCUCAGAUCCAUCGCCCGCUGCGCGCAGUCUCCGUGUGGACCAGCAAACCUAUCUACCAGCGCAGAAGGUUCCACGAGCGAAAAGCUGACUUGGUUACACUCGACGCCAACGGAUCACUCGAGACACGCAAGCUCGAUGUCAUAACUGGGGACCCCCACGAAGCCUACGUUAUAGUCGAUCGGAACGUCGGCUUCGCCAUGAGAUCAGCCAUCAUGAAGCAGACUGAAUCGUCUCUUGCUACAAAUGCAGAAAGGGUUCCCUUGGUGUUCCACCACCACUCACGCCAUUUCGCUCACCAUACAGCACCCUACCCGCGGAUUAUCCUUGAGCAUGACCUUCCGCAUCAAAACCCGGGAGCCACAAGUCCUGCGACCCUCUGGCUGUGGGGAGCGACGCACUCCAUCACCUUGGAUGGAACCUCUGAUGCCAAGUUUGAGGAGGCUUGUAGAGAAAGCCACGAAAGGCUUGAGGGGGCUGCUAAAUUAUUGAAGCACAAAUGA